CACAUAUGAACUUCUUUCUACACUGCACAUGUGGUUUAUGAACAAAGUCUGAAUGAAAGAAGAAUUUAAGGGAAAAUAAGUGACAGGUUUGUGGAUAAAAGCGCAGACAAUGGCAGACAGCAAUGAGAUGAGCAUCAACCUUGUUGUCCUUGGAAAAACUCAGACUGGCAAAAGUGCUGCUGGGAACAGCCUGUUGGGCAGCUCAGACUUUGAGAGCCGUCUCUCCCCCAGCUCUGUGACUACGUGCUGCAGCCUCGGACGCAGCGGCCGCAUUUUGGGGCUCAUACGGAGAAAUGGCUGUGAGUCAGCUCUCCGCGUUCGAGUACUGGACACUCCAAGCUACCCUCACACUGCUCUGAGCAAAGAGCAAGUGAGAGACACGGUGAGAGCAGCCUUGGCUCACCACUUUGGAGAGGAAGGCCUGCACUUGGCUCUCUUGGUCCUGAGGUCUGACCUGCCUCUGUGUCCAGAUGAAAGCAGUGACACAGUUCAGCUCAUCCAGGAACUUCUGGGUCCCACAUGGAAGGAUUUCACUGCAGUUCUACUUACUCAUGCAGACAAGGCAGAAGAGGCUGGAUACAGUGAGGAAACAUACUUGUGCAGUGCCUCAAGUACCCUGUUGUCACUUUUGAGCUCAGUACAGCAUAAAUACAUUUUCCUAGACAACCAUAACAGCAUAAUUAAAGAGGAAAGAAACAUUGUCUUAACAAAGCUCUUGAAUUUUAUACGAAAAAAUAAUUAUCAAGUACUACUUAAACACAGCAAGGAAUAAAAUUAACUUUCAGGUGCUCAUGUGUCUAUUUUCUACAGUAGAUAACAUCUAAUAGAAAUAAAAAAGCCAUCAACUGGAAAACUCCACAUCCAUACCAAACACCUUUGAACACACAAUUAGAAAUAUCUCUUUAGAUUACUGAACUACUUGCCUUUCAUAGAGUACCUCACAUUACUGCAUCCAGAAUCCUAGCUUCAACCACAGAAUCAGAACAAGCUAGUGCUCCAAAAUCAUGCUCCUAAUAUGUAUGUAGUCACAAAUGAGAUUUUGCACUACUCCAGACUGUAUAUUUCAGUUCACACAGAAUACAUAUCUGGAAGAAUAAAAUAAAAAUUUUUAAAAAAUUAAAACAAAAAAAAAUUAAAAAUGCACAUGAGUUCAGACUGUAAGGGAGCCUCUUUACUCAAUUCUUCUAGCUUUCAGAAGUUCCUCUGAAUUCAGUUUCCUCUGAACUUCCAUUUCUAAAAAGAGCUCUCUGGUACUAAAAGCUAAGAUUUAUCUAUUAUAAAAGUGUUUCCCUACCAUGACUCAAGAUUAGUUAUAAUUGAGUUCUUGAACUACAAGGAUUUUGUUUAAUAAAACAUUAUUGGAUAUACAGUUUACAAGGCAGAUAAAAUGGCUUCCAUGUGCCUAAUGCUAUUCAGCACAUUUAAAAGAACUAAUUACUAUUGCUUAUUCCCAGAUGCAUGAAAAACUAAUAAUUUACAGGCACAAACAAAACUCAUUCAAAAGGGAAAUCUGUUCAUCUCCUGUUCAAGUAACGCAUGUUACUUCUAAUUUUAUAUCAUUGUCAUUUUGUUUUCUCUCCACUUACUGAAUGAAGUUCAAAGCCUGCAAAAUUUAGAAAGGCUUAAGUUUUUUUAAUUUCAGUAGUUAAAAUAGCAUUUACUGUUUCAAUGGUUAGACAAUAACAAUUUAUUAUAUGCCAAAAUAUCUGAAGUAUCCCUAAAUAGCUACUUAAAAGGGUUAUUGUAAAUUGAUCCAAAACAUUUAUUUUCAUAUUACUGAAAGUAAGGAAUUAAAAUAAUUGAUUUGAGGCUAAUAGCCUAGCAACAUGACUAUUUGUACAACAUAACUAUGAAAUAAUUCUGACUGUAAAAACUGAAGAAGCUAUUUCUGUUAAAACCAAAGCACUUUUUGUAAAAAAUAUCAUUGCAUAAAAGCACAUAAAAAUGAAACA